AUGUCCGACUCCGACAAGCAGUACCAUGGCUCUACUGCUACCUCGAACGACCAUGUAGCCACCCUUGACCGGCCCGCAACUACUGCUGCGCCGGCCAACUCUGCCUCCAUCCCCGCCAGCGAGUUCGACAUCGUGGAAGCGGCAAUCGCGUUCCUCCGCAAGCAGCCAGACAGUCCCGCAAACCAGACUCUGACUUACGACCAGGUCAAGGCCGUGUUCGACGAGUACAAGGUGUACGCCGAAGUCUGCUAUGCUCUCCACAAGAUGGGCGCCGUCUUCACGGACAAGAAGUUUGGCCAGGACACCUUCUGUAGGCGUGCGCUCGCGGAUCCCAAGGACAGGCUGCCCCAGUACCCCGAUGACGAGUGA